UUCUUUGCCCCCUCGACCCCCCUUUUUUCUCUUCGAUCGUUUUCUAGGGUUCCCUUUAGAGCUCCUCGUCGACGUCGCCUUCAGCCGCCGCGACGUGGGUUUCCUCGCUUCCGUCAUGGACGCCCAGAGAGCUCUCCUUGACGAACUCAUGGGUGCAGCACGAAAUCUCACGGAGGAACAGAAGAAGCGGUACAAGGAGAUCCGGUGGGACGACAAGGAGGUCUGUGGCGCGUAUAUGGUUCGGUUCUGCCCGCACGAUCUCUUUGUGAACACGAAGAGUGAUCUUGGAGCUUGCCCUAAAAUCCAUGACCCGAAACUAAAAGAAAGUUUUGAGAAGUCUCCUAGGCAUGAUGCUUAUGUUCCCAGGUUUGAAGCAGAGCUUGCACAGUUCUGUGAGAAGCUGGUGAUGGAUUUGGAUAGAAAAGUUAAGCGUGGUCGUGAUCGGUUGGCACAAGAAGUUGACGCAACACCUGCUCCAGUCCCUGCCGAAAAAUCAGAACAACUCUCUGUGUUGGAAGAAAAAAUAAAGAAACUUCUAGAACAAAUUGAGACACUUGGUGAAUCAGGGAAGGUAGAUGAAGCUGAGGCACUCAUGAGAAAGGUGGAUAUGCUGAAUGCCGAGAAGACAGCCCUGACCCAACAAUCAGCAAAUGAUAAGGCUAUGAUGCUUCCACAAGAGAAGAAGAUGGCACUAUGUGAGAUCUGUGGUUCAUUUCUGGUGGCGAAUGAUGCUGUUGAGAGGACACAAACUCAUGUAAGUGGGAAGCAGCAUAUUGGCUACGGCAUGGUCCGAGAUUAUCUUAGUGAGUUCAAGGCUGUGAAAGAAAAGGCAAAGGAAGAAGAAAGACUAGCUAGGGAGAAGGAAACAGAUGAGCGGAAGAAAGUGAAGGAUAAAGAUCAUGAGAAUAGGGUUAGAGAGCGUGAUCUGGUUGGAAGAGAGAGGUCUAGGGAGCGGGAACGUGAACGUGAUAGGUAUAAAGACCGGAGCUCCGAGAGAGAGAGAUCAAGGGAUUGGAGUGGAAGAGGAAGCAGGGAUGGAGGAAGAGGAUUGGAUCGUAGGCAUGACUAUCACAGGAAUGGGAGGGAAUCAGACAGGGACAGGUUCCGAGACAGGUCUGGAGCACGAAGCAGAUCCAGAUCUCCUGCCAGGCAUGGUUAUAGAAGAUCAAGAAGUCCAGUUCGACAAUACUAGCUGUUAGUAUAAAUAGUUUGUCAAAAAGUACUGAGAUCCAAGAGCUCUGUUGAAGUCAUGUGGUCAUCCAAUUAAAAGAAAAACAUUGAGGUAGGUAUUACUGAUCCCUCCUUUUUCUUAUAAAGUCAUUUUGAGCUGCAACUAUUAUAUCUUUCAUUUGUAUCUAUGGGCUCUUUCACAGAGUGUCAGAUUUUUUUUGUUUAGCAUUUUUUUUCAAUCAUAAUUAAGAUGACAGAUCCAAAAUGAUGACAUGAAUGGUGUGGCAAUGAAGAUGAUGAUUAGUAAUCAACCUAUAGAGGUAACACAUCAAUUCUAACUUCUUUUUUGGUACAGCUGUGCCUCUUAUAAAAUUCAAAAUUGUGGAGAUAUUAGGCCAUUGUAUUAGUUGUUUUAUCGUAGUUUGUAGAUAUUCACGUAUUAUUAAUGCUUGUAAAUGUUUGAUGCACUGCCCUAUGCAAACUCUUCAUAUUAUAGAUGCAGAGAGACUAAGUUUGAUUCCCUCUCUCUCUCUCUCUCCUCCCUGUCUUGUUCUUUCAAAAUGGCUUUGGUUCUUUUGAGCUGUAAAUAUUUUAUUAACUUUUGUAGUUUUGUAUUAGUUUGCUGGACCUACGAAGUUAAAAUGAAAAAAAAAGAAAAGAAAACAGCCUGUUUUCUGAUCAUUGUCUUACCUUCACACCUAGGAAUCUUGCCUUCUGCUUCUUUGUUGUUUUUCAUCUCAAACAGGAUUGGCCAUUGCUUUCUGGGAUACUUGUGAUGAUUGCUUGAUUCCCAUGCUUCCUGAA